GCUUCCCUAAUUUCUCCCCGCAUUUAAGCGCCCUCUCCCACCGUCAACCGCCCUGAGCCAGGCCGCAGACCAAACACGAAAGCUUCGCACCACCUCGCUCGCACCUCGCACACCGCCCUCCGAAAAUGCAGAGGCAGCUCAACCUCUCGCCGGCGCCCAAGCAGCAGCAGCAGCAGCACGACGGCGGCGGCGCAGGCGACGGCAGCGACGCCACGGAGGCGAUCCCGCUGUGGGUGCCCGAGGCGUCCGCGGAGGGGAAGACCGAGAAGGCCGCCGGCGGCCGGGCCGAGCGCUCCAUCCACCUCAUCCCGCUGCUCACCUUCCUCUGCUUCCUCCUCCUCUUCCUCUGCUCCCACAUCCCCUCCGCCUCCGAUAUGUCGAGCUUUGGCGGUGGCGCCAGCAGCGGCGGCGGCGGUGGGGGGAAGGCGGGCAACCGGAGGCUGAAGAUGCUUUAAUAGGCUUCUCUCAUAUCACAACUAUCGCCUCCUUAAGUUUUGCUGUUCUUUGCCGGUUUCAGUCCGACAGUAUAAUUUUACCUGCCGCUCAAACAUUCAGCGGCCUAUAUUUAUUUGUACCUGCGCAUCAGUAAUGAGAUCUGGAAUUGAAUGA